AUGGCAACUCGCCGACCUCGCCAUCUCACCGUUUUUGCCGACCUUGCCAUCUCACCGACCUCUUCAACUCGCCGACAUGUAUCGCGUUGCGACCUCGUCAACUCACCGAGAUGGCAACUCGCCAUCUUGCCGUUCUUGCCGACAUGUAUCACGUUGCGACCUCGUCAACUCGCCGAGAUGGCAAUUCGCUGUCCUCGCCGACCUUGUCAACUUGCCAAAAUGGCAACCCAGCGACUUUGCCAUCUCGCCGACCUCGUCAACUCGCAAUCUUCACCGACCUCGUUGACUCGCCAACCUUGCCAUCUCGCCGAACUCGUCAUCAUGCCGGCUACUAGUUCAUCAUGCCGACUACGAGUUUAG